AGCGUUCGCAUUACGCGAGAUUCGUCCUCGAAUAUUCCGAGCACGAAUCGACACCUUAAGCUAUCUGAGCGAAAAGCAAAUCGUUGAGAGGUAUCGUCUGUCGACGGAGGGUAUUAUUUACCUCGAGGAGUUAAUUCGUGCCGAUUGCGAGCCUAUGAGUGACAGGAGUCACUCACUGAACGUCAGAACAAAGCUCCUAGUUACACUACGCUACCUUGCCAAAGGAGAUUUUUAUAGCGAGGUUGGAGAUCUGCAUGGAGUCAGCAGGAGCUCUGUGUGCCGGUGUAUUCAACAGGUUAUAAGUGCCAUUAACCGAAACCUGAACAACAUCACCUUCCCAACAUCUUUGCAUGACCUUGCUGCAACAAAACAGAAGUUCCAUCGUGUAGCAGGAAUCCCGAAUGUUAUAGGCGCUGUGGAUGGAACACUGAUCCCAAUUCAAGCUCCAUCUGAAAAUCCUCAGACGUAUGUGUGCCGAAAAGGAUACCAUGCUGUAAACAUUCAAGCUGUUGUGGAUAGCAGCUUAAAGUUUGUUUAUUUUGUUGUACCCCAUUGGUAGGGAGAGG